UGCACCACAGCCUACCACCGAUUCCCAGUGAAUUUUAGUGCAGAGAUUUCUCAGAUUCCCGCCUAAACGUUGUUUUUAGGGCUUUUGACAUAAAAAAAAUCCUUUUGUACUGCGUUUCUUGAAUAGUUCCAGAACAAUGGUUUCCAAGGAGCGCAAAAUUAGCUCCAAGCCCACCACCGCAGCAAAGGAUUCUCAUGCUCAGUUUCGCGGUUUCCAAACCCUAAUUUCUGCAAUUCAAUCCUCCCAGGGUCUAAAGCCUCCAUUUUUGAAAAGUUGGUACUGUAUACUGGUGAAUUUGUCCUUAAAGGAAUCAAUUGGGUGUUCCGACAACAAAGAUUCUCCGAACUUCUCGGAUACUGGGUUGAAAAUGGAACCUAAAGAUAGAAGACUUGUUGCUGAACGUUUGUUUGAGGAACUUGGUAAUAGGUUUGAAACCUUAUUCUCUGCUUUGUGUGAUGUUUCUGCAAAUCGAGAAAAUGGGCAUGCCAUCUUAGGUUCAGAUGUGUGGGCGAAUGUUGAUGAACUGACCCUUCUGUUAAGAUGUUGUAUGGUAAUCUUGACCUUGGUUGACGAAGCUUUAGUGCUCGAGAAAUUUCAAGUUCUUCUGUUGAUACUUGGGAAGUUAAAAUCCUUUGUUACAAGUGGAGGAAACGAGAAACGUCCUGUCACUUUCAAGAAGUUCAUUUCUCGUGAAUUCUCCUUCGGUGAUGCUACUUCUGCCACCGCUCUUUCGGAGGAUUUUGUUGCUUCUAGAUCUAUCUUGGAACCUUCUGAGCCAUACCGUCCAUUUCUAUGUGCAAUUCUUGAGGUACUCUUAUUUCUUCUUUGUGCUCUAUGUCCACAAGAUAUAUCAAAGGUUGGGGUUGGCAAGCUCUCACCAUAUGGCAUAUCAGAGAAUUCCUAGGAGUUAAACUUGUCAUAAAGCCAGAUCAUUCUACUUAAAGGUUUGGUUUGUGGGUUGAGGAAUCUAUCUAGAAAUGUAGCAUAA